AUGAUCCCGCCCGAGCCCGCCAAUCGUGUUUCAUAUGCGCCCAAGGAAUUUCUGGACAGCUAUUAUGAUUCUGGUGCUCCUGCUGCUGAUGAACCCGAUAUGCCUAAUUUCGAUGCCAUGCCAGACUCUCAGAAGCGCACCCUGAUUGAUGAAAUGGGCCUGGAAACAACACCGGUCAAGGGACCAGUCCAUGUCCCUACUUCUUCACCUGGAGACUAUGCGUAUCCUCCCAACGGGGUGGAUGCCAUGCACUCCCAAUCUCAACCAAAUUUCCGACAAGCAGAGGGUGCCGGUGCCAAUCAGUUUGAGAAUGCGGGAUUCCAGUUUGACAUUCCUGGAGAACCUUCCCUUGCUCCCGCUUUCGACCACUCAGGCUCUGCUGGGUAUGCGUCGAAUGGUUACGAAGAUUACGCUGCUUACUCACAUGGUCCUUCCCCGGUCCGGGCCAACCAGCCAGGCUAUUCCCACGACCAGGCCGACAUCCCAGAUCCUCACCAGAAUCCUGAUACUCUUCCUCACCACCCAGCCCCGUUCCGACCCGGUCAUGACCAAGCGUCAAAACCUGCGCCAGUUCGGCAGUACAGCGCUCCUGAAUCCAUCCCAGCCCCCGCUGCUCCACCGCCAAUGACGGUGCCUGGCGGAACGGCUCAGACGCCUGUCACGAUCGAAGAGAUACAGCGGCUCCAACAGCAGGCGCGAGCCAAUCCUUCUGACCAGAAGACUCAACUUCUGCUCGCCAAAAAGCUGGUUGAGGCAUCCACAGUUCUAGUAGAGGACAACAGCAGACUCGAUCCGAAAACCAAAGCCAAGGCCAAGGAGAAGUAUGUGAUGGAUGCGCAUAAGAUUCUCAAAAAGCUUGUUACAACCGGGUACUCUGAAGCCCAGUUUUACCUGGCUGACUGCCACGGUGAGGGCCUACUGGGACUGGAAGUUGACCCCAAAGAAGCCUUUUCAUUAUAUCACUCUGCUGCGAAGCAAGGGCACGCCCAGUCUGCAUACCGUGUGGCCGUAUGCUGCGAGAUCGGUCAGGAAGAAGGUGGCGGUACCAAACGUGAUCCAUUUAAGGCCGUUCAAUGGUACAAGCGUGCCGCUGCGCUCGGUGAUACACCCGCCAUGUACAAAAUGGGAAUGAUUAAUCUAAAGGGACUGCUGGGUCAAGCGCGGAACCCCCGGGAGGGUGUAUCCUGGCUCAAGCGGGCGGCUGAUCGUGCGGACGAGGAAAACCCGCACGCUCUCCACGAGCUUGCCCUUAUGUAUCAGAACGCUGGCGGCAAUGACAUCAUCGUCCGCGACGAGCAGUAUGCCUCCCAGCUAUUCCACCAAGCUGCCGAGCUGGGCUACAAGUUCUCUCAAUUCAGACUUGGUACUGCCUACGAGUACGGCCUGAUGGGAUGCCCCAUUGACAACCGCACGAGUAUCAUCUGGUACACUCGUGCCGCGGCUCAGGGUGAACACCAAAGUGAACUCGCCCUUAGUGGCUGGUAUCUCACCGGCUCGGAGGGCAUUCUAUCGCAGAACGACACCGAGGCCUAUCUGUGGGCUCGUAAGGCCGCCACCGCAGGUCUUGCCAAGGCAGAAUAUGCCAUGGGAUAUUUCACCGAGGUCGGAAUCGGCUCUGCUGCUAACUUAGAUGACGCAAAGAGAUGGUACUGGCGCGCAGCUGCCCAAGGAUUCCCCAAGGCUCGUGAGCGUCUUGAAGAUCUUAAGAAGGGUGGAAGUCGAAUGCAAAAGACUCGUCUCUCACGCUCGGCUGUUAACAAGCAGAGUGAUGGGGACUGCGUUCUCAUGUAA